AUGGCUGCUCUCGGCGAGGAUCUGCUCACCACGGUCAACAAGCUGCAGGAUUUGGUGUUUAACACCAUCGGCAGUGACUCUUUGGAUCUCCCUCAGAUUGUUGUCGUCGGUUCCCAGUCCGCGGGCAAAUCUUCCGUCCUCGAAAACAUCGUCGGUCGAGACUUUUUACCGCGCGGAGCCGGUAUCUGCACUCGUCGUCCUUUGAUUCUCCAGCUCAUUAACGUUACCGACGAUGAAAAUGCCCCCGACCCUUCAGCCGAUCCUUAUCGAUCCCCUGGCGCUGCUCGCCGUUCUGAGUGGGCAGAGUUCCACCAUAUCCCCAACCGGAGAUUCAACGAUUUUGGCGACGUCAAGCGUGAGAUUGAGAAUGAGACAUCCCGGGUUGCCGGUAACAACAAGGGUAUUAACCGACAACCCAUCAACCUCAAGAUCUAUUCUCCCCACGUCCUCAACUUGACCCUAGUGGAUCUUCCUGGUCUAACUAAAGUCCCUAUUGGCGAUCAACCUACCGAUAUUGAGAAGCAGACCCGAAACCUCAUCUCCGAAUACAUCGCCAAGCCUAACAGCAUCGUCCUCGCGGUCUCUCCCGCCAACGUUGAUAUCGUCAACUCUGAAGCCCUCAAGCUCGCCCGUCAUGUCGACCCUCUUGGCCGAAGGACCAUUGGUGUUCUGACCAAGGUUGAUCUUAUGGACCACGGCACCAAUGCUCUAGAUAUUCUCUCUGGUCGGGUUUACCCUCUAAAGCUUGGUUUCAUCGGUGUGGUCAACCGAUCGCAGCAGGAUAUCCAAGGUAACAAACCCAUGGAGGAUGCUCUCCAGGCCGAGACAGACUUCUUCAAGCACCACCCUGCCUAUCGCAACAUUUCUACCCGAUGUGGCACUCACUACCUGGCCAAGACCCUUAACACCACUCUCAUGGGCCACAUCCGUGAGCGUUUGCCCGACAUCAAGGCUCGGCUCAACACCCUCAUGGGCCAGACGCAGCAGGAGUUGGCCAGCUAUGGCGACAUGCAUUUCAGUGGAAAGGAGCAUCGUGGCUCUCUCAUCCUCCAGCAAAUGACACGCUUCGCAAACUCCUUCAUUUCUUCCAUCGAUGGUACCUCGACCGAGAUAUCCACAAAAGAGCUCUGUGGCGGCGCUCGUAUCUACUAUAUCUUCAACUCCGUCUUUGGUAGCUCUCUUGACACGAUCGACCCUACCUCCAAUCUGUCCGCCCUCGACAUCCGGACGGCGAUCCGAAACUCGACUGGUCCUCGACCUAGUCUUUUUGUCCCUGAGAUGGCUUUCGACCUUCUGGUUAAGCCUCAGAUCAAGCUUCUUGAAAUUCCCAGCCAACGUUGUGUUGAGCUUGUGUAUGAGGAGCUGAUCAAGAUUUGCCACACCUGUGGCUCAACUGAGCUUUCACGAUAUCCCAGACUCCAGGCUAAGCUUAUCGAGACAGUGUCAGAUUUACUCCGAGAACGACUUGGCCCUGCUUCAUCAUAUGUCGAAUCACUCAUCUCUAUUCAGCGCGCCUACAUCAAUACUAACCACCCUAACUUCCUGGGCGCUGCCGCCGCCAUGAGCAAUGUAGUUAGUGCUAAGCAGGAACGAGAACGGAAAAGGCUGAUCCAAGAGGAGCGUGAGCGUCGGGAGAAGAGGCGCCUCCAGGAGCUUGAGGUCGAGGGUGAUGGCCCAGAAGGCGAGGACGGUGUCAACGGACCCUCCGAGAAGCCCGAGAAGACGAAAUCGGGAAGGACCAGGCCUACAAAGCAGCCUCACCGCAGCAUAUCUCCUGCUGCCUCAGUUCGCGAGAAUGGAACCUCAAGCCUUGCUGCCCAUAUGAAUGCAACACACCUCAAUGGUCUUCGAUCAGCCUCACCUGCUCGACUUAACCAACAGGGACUCGGCGGCGCUCGAGAUUCUUUCCUUAACUACUUCUUCGGCAAGGAUGGCCAGACCAUUGGCGGUCCUCUCCCUAGCCCUGGCGCACUCCCCAAUGGACGACAUAUUAGCCAGAACUCGGAAACCAGUUUCCCCAUUAUACGCCGCGAGAGAGAAUUUGGCCGGCCAUCUACAGCAACGACAAUGGCUCCCGAGGACGACAUGUACGAUAGGACAGGGAAGAACUACGGCUUGGCCUCCCAAAUGGUAAGUUCCGAGGAUCUACAGGUGCCUGGUCUCCUCUUUUCACACCAAACUAACCCCCACCACCAGGGUGAAUCCGCGGAGCCGGCCAUGACAGAGCGCGAGGCUAUGGAGACAGAACUCAUCCGAGCUCUUAUCUCUUCUUACUUCAACAUUGUUCGCGAGUCCAUUGCCGACCAGGUCCCCAAGGCUGUCAUGCAUCUUCUCGUCAACCACUGCAAGGAUGUCGUCCAGAACCGCCUUGUCAGCGAACUCUACAAGGAAACUCUGUUUGAGGAGCUACUCUAUGAGGACGACGGUGUCAAGAAAGAGCGCGAGAAGUGUGAGAGGCUGCUCCAGACCUACCGAGAGGCUGCCAAGAUUAUUGGCGAGGUGCUGUAA